GGUGCAUGCAUGCUUUCAACAUGAAGGGUUUCUGGAAAAUAACUAUGUCAAUUAGUUUCGUGUUUCUGUGGUGGAAUAUUGGGAAAGCUUGCUCACAGCCACAGCCACAGCAACCCCAAGUGCCUGGUUUUUUCAUAUUUGGUGACUCUUUGGUCGAUAAUGGAAACAACAAUGGGAUCCUUACGCUAGCAAGAGCCAAUUAUAGGCCCUAUGGCAUUGACUUUCCACAGGGUGCCACUGGCCGCUUCACUAAUGGUCGGACUUACGUCGAUGCACUAGCUCAACUUCUUGGUUUUCCAAAUUAUAUUCCACCUUAUGCAAGGACUCGCGGCCGUGCACUGCUAAGGGGAGUGAAUUAUGCAUCAGGAGCAUCUGGGAUCCGAGAUGAAACAGGAAAUAAUCUGGGCGAUCACGCAUCCAUGAAACAACAGGUAGCCAACUUUGCAGAUACAGUGCUACAGAUGAGAAGGCUCUUCAGAGGAGAUACCAAUGCUCUCAAUAGCUAUUUAAGCAAGUGCAUCUUUUAUUCUGGAAUGGGAAGUAACGAUUAUCUUAACAACUAUUACAUGCCUGAUUUCUACACAACUAGUUCGGAUUACACUCCAAAAGCUUAUGCUGCUGUACUUCUUCAGGACUACUCGCGCAUGCUGACUCAAUUAUAUACAUUGGGAGCACGUAAGGUGAUUGUUUCUGCAGUUGGCCAGAUCGGGUGCAUUCCUUAUCAGCUAGCGCGAUAUCAUGGUAAUGGCAGCCGCUGCAAUGAAAAAAUCAAUUCUGCAAUCUCUCUUUUCAAUUCAGGGCUGCGGAAACUUGUCGACCGUUUCAAUGGAGGCGAGUUGCGUGGAGCAAAGUUUGUGUUCCUAGACUCGUAUCAGAGCACCAGCGAUCUAUACCUCAAUGGAACCAGUUAUGGUUUUGAAGUGAUAGACAAGGGAUGCUGUGGAGUGGGGAGGAACAAUGGGCAAGUUACUUGUCUUCCACUUCAAGCAGCAUGUGAGGAUCGUAGAAAGUACCUGUUCUGGGAUGCCUUUCAUCCCACAGAGGUGGCAAACAUCUAUUUUGCCAAGAGUUCAUACAGUUCACAAACACAGUCAUAUACAUAUCCAAUUAAUAUACAACAAUUGGCAAUGCUGUGAUGGAUUUGGAACUUCUUAUGGUUGUUUGAGCGUGUAACCCAUAAAUUAUUGGUAGUACUUCUCCUUUCGUUGAUUGCUGUCCUAGUACAUUUCCUGCUUGCCUUUGUAAUUCCAUGAAUCAGUAAAUCCCUUGUUGGUUGAAUCAUCAGAUGAAGGUUACCUCGUUCCUUUGACGAAAUAAAAGUGAGACAAUAUCUCCAUUUGGA